AUGACGACUCCACAGGACAUCAGACUUGAGUACUUGGAGCAAAUUGCUACCAUGCUUCUCAAGUUCAAGCCAGACAAGUGGAGUAAGUUGGUUGGAGCAGAGGAGAACAUGACCUUGUUCACAGAAUUCUUUGAAAAGCCUGACAUCCCCGUGCUGGUGCUCACUCUCAAUGUCGCCGGCAUGCUCGUCCCCUGCCUUGGCUUCCCCGAGUCCCUCAAGAGCAAAGGGGUUUACUUUAUCAAGUCGAAGCCGGAAAAUAUCAACAAGGACAAUUACAAGACCCGCCUCCUCUAUGGGGACAUCAGCCCUGCACCCGUGGACCAGUUGAUUGCCGUUGUGGAAGAGGUCCUCUACUCUCUGCUAAACCAAAAAGAGAACAUGGAUGGAUGGCCCCAGGUGGUCUCCGAAGACAUUGUCAAGCAGGUCCACAAGCUGAAGAAUGAGAUGUUUGUGAUGGGGGGCAAGAUCAAGGGGAAAACACUGCUACCCAUCCCAGAGCACCUGGGGAGCCUGGACGGCACGCUGGAGUCCAUGCAGAGGAUCCCCUCUUCCCUGGACAACUCGCUACUACACGCCAUCGAGACCAUCAUUAUUGACUGGUCCCACCAAAUCCGGGACGUUCUGAGCAAAGACUCUGCCCAGGCCUUGCUGGAUGGGCUGCACCCCCUGCCCCGGGUCGAGUUCGAGUUCUGGGACACCCGGCUGAUGAAUCUUCAGUGCAUUCACGAACAGCUAAACAGACCCAAAGUGAACAAGAUAGUUGAGAUCCUGGAAAAAGCCAAAAGCUGCUACUGGCCAGCCCUGCAAAACGUUUACACGAAUGUCACUGAAGGGCUGAAGGAAGCCAAUGAUGUCGUUCUCUACCUGAUGCCCCUGCGUAUCUUGUUAGAAGAGACGGAACAGGCUGACUUCACGUCGCUCCCCACCUUCAUCGCCAAGGUGCUGGACACCAUCUGCUUCAUCUGGGCCACCUCUGAGCACUACAACACGCCCUCCAGGGUCAUCGUCAUCCUGCAGGAAUUCUGCAACCAGAUCAUCGAGAUGACUCGAUCCUUCCUGAGCCCAGAGGAAGUGCUGAAAGGCUUGCAGGGCGAAAUUGAGGAGGUCCUUAAUAACAUCUCACUGUCUGUGAACGUCCUGAAGGAGCUCUUCCGGGCCUACGACUUCUGCUGCAAAAACAUGAAGCUUUUCUUCAAGGACAAGGAAAUUGUACCAUGGGAGUUUCCUUCUUCCCUGGCGUUCUCCAGAAUGAACUCCUUCUUCCACCGAGUGCAGACCAUCGAGGAGCUUUAUAAAACUGCUGUUGAGUUUCUGAAGCUGGAGAAAAUCGAGAUGGGGGGAAUUCGAGGCAAUGUCCUCGGGAACCUGGUGACGCAGAUUUACGACGAGGUCUUCGAGCGGGUGAAGGUCUUUGCUGAGUGCAAAUAUGACCCUCUGGACCCCGGAGACUUGAGUUUUGACAAUGAUUACACUGACUUUGAGAUCAAAAUUCAAGAUCUGGACAGGCGGCUGGCCACGAUCUUCUGCCAAGCCUUCGAUGACUGCAACUCCAUCGAGUCCUCAGCAAAGCUCUUGUACAUGUGUGGAGGCCUACUGGAGCGGCCUCUGAUUCUUGCCGAGGUGGUGCCCAGGUACUCAGUCAUGCUGGAACUGCUCGAUAAGGAGCUGGACAAUGCCAAGCUCUUGUACGAUGCCCAGAUGGCAGCCUCUGCAGUGGGCACCAUCCCACCAAUCCACAAAAACAUGCCCCCCGUGGCCGGGCAGCUCAAGUGGAGCCUGGAGCUGCAGGAGAGGCUGGAGGUGUCCAUGAAGCACCUGAAGUACAUUGAGCACCCGGUCAUGUCCAGUGAGGAGGCCAAGCUGACCUACCAGAAAUACGAUGAGAUGAUGGAGCUACUGAAAAACUACCGCAAGAAGAUCUACCAGCAGUGGGUGGAGAGAGUAGACGAGGACUGCCAUUUCAACCUGGGCCAGCCAUUGAUCCAGCGGGAUACCAUCACCGGCCUCAUCCAAGUCAACUUCAGCAAGGCGCUGGUGGCAGUCCUGAGAGAAGUCAAGUACUUGAAUUUCCAGCAGCAAAAAGAGAUUCCAGGCAGUGCAGAGAGUCUGUUCUCAGAGAACGAAACCUUCCGGAAAUUUGUGGGCAACUUGGAACUCAUCGUUGGCUGGUAUAAUGAGAUAAAGAGAACUGUGAUGGACGUCGAAUUUCCACUAAUAAAGUCAGAAUUAGAAGAGAUCGAUGUCAAAUUAUUAAGUGCAGAAACAACCUUGUUCUGGAAUGGUGAAGGUGUGUUUCAGUAUAUUCAAGAGAUGCGAGAAAUCCUACAUAACUUGCAGAACAGAAUACAGAAAGCCAAGCAAAAUGUAGAAGGGAUCACCCAGGCCAUGAGGGACUGGUCAGCCAACCCCUUGUUUGAAAGGAAGGACAACAAAAAGGACGCCCUGUUGGACUUGGAUGGAAGGAUGGUCAACCUGAACAAGCGCUACACAGCUGUCAAGGAGGCUGGUGUGAAGAUCCAAGCCAUGGUGGCGGAAAACGCGGAGCUGGUCAGAGCAGAUACAACCAGCCUGCCUUGGACGGACUAUGUUAACUACAUCGACAACGUGGUCUUAGACGAAUUUGACCAUUUCAUCCGCAAAUCUCUAAACUACCUAACAAACAACAUGGUUAUGGAUGAGAGCGUGGCACCACUGUUUGAGAUCCGUAUGGAGCUAGACGAGGAGGGGCUGACCUUCAACCCGUCGUUGGAGAUGGGAUUGGAGGAGGGCUUCCUGGGGCUGAUCGAAGGCCUGGUCAAUGACCUCUACAAUGUGGCCAGGCUCAUACCCAGGCUGGCCAAGGGCAGAGUGAGCUACAAGACAGACCUGGAAGACAUGACAGACCUCAUGGAGAUGAAGGAAGAAGUGUCCAGCCUGGUGGUCAACGCCAUGAAGGAGGCUGAGGAGCACCAGGACUCCUUUGAGAGAUACUCCUAUCUCUGGAUGGAUGACCUCCAGGAGUUCAUGAAGAAUUUCCUGAUCUUUGGGCAUGCGCCCACCGUGGAGGAAUUGGACACCCGGACAGAUGAGACCAUCCCCAAGACGCCACCUACCCUCAAUCAGUUUCAGCAGCAGAUCGACUCCUAUGAGAAGCUGUACGAGGAGGUGUCCAAGUGUGAGAACACCAAGGUGUUCAACGGCUGGCUGCAGUGUGACUGCCGCCCCUUCAAACAGGCCCUGCUUAACACCAUCAAGCGCUGGAGUUUCAUGUUCAAGCGCUACCUGAGUGACCAUGUCAUCAACAGUCUGGCUGACCUGGAAGCAUUCAUGAAAGUCGCCCGGAUGGGCCUAACGAAGCACCUCAAGGAGGGUGACUAUGAUGGCCUCGUGGAAGUCAUGGGGCACUUGAUGAAGGUCAAGGAGAGGCAGGCAUCAACCGACAGCAUGUUCGAGCCUUUGAAGCAAACCAUUGAGCUGCUCAAGACCUAUGGGGAGGAGAUGCCAGAGGAAAUCUACCUGAAGCUGCAGGAGCUGCCGGAGCAGUGGACAAACACCAAGAAGCUGGCCAUGCAGGUGAAGCAGAACGUGAUCCCCCUCCAGGCCAACGAGGUCAGCACCCUACGACGAAAGUGCCAGCAAUUCGAGCUGAAGCAGCACGAGUUCAGGGAGAAGUUCAGACAAGAAGCCCCGUUCUCCUUCAGCAGCUCCGAGCCCUACAAGUCGCUCAAUAAGCAACAAAAGAGCAUCACGAACAUGGAGGCUGUCAUGGAGGCACUGUGCAAGUCCGGGAGCCUGUUCGAGGUCGCGGUCCCAGACUACAAGCAGCUGAAAGCUUGCCACAAGGAGGUCCGCCUGCUGAAGGAACUCUGGGACAUGAUCAUGAUGGUCAACACCAGCAUCGAUGACUGGAAGACCACCAAGUGGAAAGACAUCAACGUGGAGCAAAUGGACAUAGACUUCAAAAAAUUCGCCAAGGACGUGAGGUCUUUGGACAAAGAGAUGAAGGCCUGGGACGCCUUCGUGGGGCUUGACAACACCGUGAGAAACAUAAUCACGUCCUUGCGUGCCGUGAGCGAGCUGCAAAACCCCGCCAUCCGGGACCGCCACUGGCAACAGCUCAUGCAGGCCACCCAGGUGAAGUUUGAAAUGUCGGAAGAUACCACUCUGGCAGACCUCCUGCAGCUGAACCUCCACAAGUACGAGGACGAGGUCCGUAGCAUUGUGGACAAGGCCGUGAAGGAGUCUGGGAUGGAGAAGGUGCUGAAAGCCCUGGACAGCACCUGGAGCACCAUGGAAUUUGAGCACGAGCUGCACCCUCGGACAGGAAUCAUGGUGCUCAAGUCGGACGAGGUGCUGGUGGAGACUCUGGAGGACAACCAGGUGCAGCUGCAGAAUCUGAUGAUGUCCAAGUACUUGUCCUAUUUCCUGAAGGAGGUGACGAGCUGGCAGCAGAAGCUGUCCACCGCAGACUCCGUCAUCUCCAUCUGGUUUGAGGUCCAGAGAACCUGGACCCACCUGGAGAGCAUCUUCAUUGGCUCUGAAGACAUCCGAGCCCAGCUCCCCGAAGACUCUAAGCGCUUCGACGACAUUGACCAGGAGUUCAAAGCCUUGAUGGCAGAUGCAGUGAAAACACCCAACGUGGUGGAAGCCACCAACAAGCCGGGUCUCUAUGACAAACUGGAGGCGCUGAAGAAGAGCUUGGCCAUGUGUGAAAAGGCUUUGGCAGAACAUUUAGAGACCAAAAGACUGGCUUUCCCAAGAUUCUAUUUUGUCUCCUCGGCUGACCUUCUGGAUAUCCUGUCCAAUGGAAAUGACCCCGUGGAGGUGAGCCGCCACCUGUCCAAACUCUUUGACAGCCUGUGUAAGCUGAAGUUCCGCCUGGAUGCCAACCAGAAGCCACUCAAGGUUGGCAUCGGGAUGUACAGCAAGGAGGACGAGUAUGUGCACUUUGAUCAGGAAUGUGACCUCUCUGGUCAGGUGGAAGUCUGGCUGAAUCGAGUGCUGGACCGAAUGUGCGCCACGCUCCGACACGAAAUUCCCGAAGCCGUGGUGACAUACGAGGAGAAGCUGAGGGAGCAGUGGAUCUUCGAUUACCCGGCCCAGAUUGCGCUCACGUGCACCCAAAUCUGGUGGACCACUGAAGUGGGUCUGGCGUUCGCACGGCUGGAGGAAGGAUAUGAAAACUCCAUCAAAGACUACAACAAAAAGCAGAUCGGCCAGCUGAACGCGCUCAUCACUCUGCUCAUUGGAAACCUGAGUGCUGGCGACAGGAUGAAAAUCAUGACCAUCUGCACUAUCGAUGUGCACGCUCGAGAUGUGGUGGCCAAAAUGAUCAUGGCCAAGGUGGAGAGUUCCCAGGCCUUUACCUGGCAGUCGCAGCUCCGGCAUCGCUGGGACGAAGAGAAGAAGCACUGCUUUGCCAACAUCUGUGACGCACAGAUCCAGUACUCCUAUGAGUAUCUGGGCAACACGCCCCGGCUUGUCAUCACCCCCCUCACAGACAGGUGCUACAUCACGCUGACCCAGUCCCUCCAUCUGAUCAUGGGUGGAGCCCCGGCAGGCCCUGCCGGCACAGGCAAGACAGAGACAACUAAGGACCUGGGCAGAGCUCUGGGCACCAUGGUGUAUGUCUUCAACUGCUCUGAGCAGAUGGACUACAAGUCCUGUGGAAACAUCUACAAGGGUCUGGCCCAGACUGGAGCCUGGGGCUGCUUUGAUGAGUUUAACCGGAUCUCAGUGGAGGUCCUGUCUGUGAUUGCUGUGCAGGUAAAAUGUGUCCAAGAUGCAAUUCGAACCAAGAAAAAGAAGUUUAACUUCCUGGGAGAGAUAAUAAGCCUCAUCCCCACUGUCGGCAUCUUCAUCACCAUGAACCCUGGCUAUGCCGGGCGCACAGAGCUGCCUGAGAACCUGAAGGCCCUGUUCAGGCCCUGUGCGAUGGUGGUCCCUGACUUCGAGCUGAUUUGUGAGAUCAUGCUGGUGGCUGAAGGCUUCUUGGAGGCCCGCCUGCUGGCCCGGAAAUUUAUCACGCUGUACACCUUGUGCAAAGAGCUGCUCUCCAGGCAGGACCAUUACGACUGGGGCUUGCGGGCCAUCAAGUCUGUGCUGGUGGUGGCCGGCUCCCUGAAGAGGGGUGACCCCACUCGGGCAGAGGACCAAGUGCUCAUGAGGGCGCUGAGGGACUUCAACAUCCCCAAGAUUGUGACCGACGACUUGCCCGUGUUCAUGGGGCUGAUCGGAGACCUCUUCCCGGCCCUGGACGUGCCUCGGAAGCGAGACCUGAAUUUUGAGAAGAUCAUCAAGCAGAGCAUCGUGGAGCUCAAGCUGCAGGCAGAGGACAGCUUUGUGCUCAAGGUCGUGCAGCUGGAGGAGCUGCUGCAGGUCCGGCACUCGGUGUUUGUCAUUGGCAACGCGGGAAGUGGCAAAUCCCAGGUACUCAGAUCCCUCAGUAAGACCUACCAGAACCUGAAGAGGAAGCCGGUGGCCGUGGACCUGGACCCCAAGGCUGUCACCUGUGACGAGCUCUUUGGUGUCAUCAACCCAGCGACCAGGGAAUGGAAAGAUGGCCUGUUCUCAACCAUCAUGCGGGAUCUAGCCAACAUCACUCACGAUGGCCCCAAGUGGAUCAUACUGGAUGGAGACAUUGAUCCUAUGUGGAUAGAGUCCCUCAACACUGUCAUGGAUGACAACAAGGUCCUCACCCUGGCCAGCAAUGAGCGAAUUCCCCUGAACCGCACUAUGAGGCUUGUGUUUGAGAUCAGCCACCUGAGGACAGCCACCCCAGCCACGGUCUCCAGAGCCGGCAUCCUCUACAUCAACCCGGCCGAUCUAGGGUGGAACCCGGUGGUGAGCAGCUGGAUCGAGAGGCGCAAGGUGCAGUCUGAAAAGGCCAACCUGACCAUCCUCUUCGACAAGUACCUGCCCAUGUGCCUGGACAAGCUGCGCAUGGGCUUCAAGAGGAUCACGCCAGUGCCCGAGAUCACGGUCGUCCAGAUGACCCUGUACCUGCUGGAGUGCCUCCUCACGGAGAAGAACACGCCGCCCGACUCCCCCAAGGAGCUUUACGAGCUCUACUUCGUGUUCGCCUGCUUCUGGGCUUUUGGAGGCGCCAUGUUCCAAGACCAGCUCAUUGAUUAUCGCGUGGAGUUCAGCAAAUGGUGGGUCAAUGAGUUUAAAACCAUCAAGUUCCCCUCGCAGGGAACCAUUUUUGACUACUACAUCGACCCUGAAACGAAGAAGUUCCUGCCGUGGACGGACAAAGUGCCCCGCUUCGAGCUGGAUCCAGACAUCCCACUGCAGGCCUCUCUGGUCCACACCACAGAAACCAUCCGUAUCCGGUACUUCAUUGACCUGCUCAUGGCAAAGUCGUGGCCGGUGAUGCUGGUGGGGAACGCGGGCACCGGCAAGUCCGUGUUGAUGGGGGACAAGCUGGAGAGCCUGAGCACGGACGACUACCUGGUGCAGGCCGUGCCCUUCAACUUCUACACCACUUCGGCCAUGCUGCAGGGGGUGCUGGAGAAGCCACUGGAGAAGAAGUCAGGAAGAAACUAUGGGCCACCUGGCACCAAGAAGUUGAUCUACUUUAUUGAUGACAUGAACAUGCCAGAGGUGGACAAGUACGGGACAGUGGCCCCGCACACCCUCAUUAGACAGCACAUGGACCACGGGCACUGGUAUGACAGGCAGAAACUGACACUAAAGGAUGUCCACAACUGUCAGUAUGUGGCUUGUAUGAACCCUACCUCUGGCUCCUUCACCGUUGACCCCAGACUGCAGCGCCACUUCUGCGUGUUCGCUGUCAGCUUCCCGGGCCAGGAGGCCCUCAUGACCAUCUACAGCACCAUCCUGACGCAGCACCUGUCCUUCCGCUCGGUCUCCAUGGCGUUGCAGAGGGUGAGCAACCAGCUGGUGGCCUCGGCCCUAGCCUUGCAUCAGAAAGUCGCAGCAACAUUUCUUCCCACAGCCAUUAAGUUUCAUUACAUCUUCAACCUCAGGGACCUCGCCAAUAUUUUCCAGGGCCUCUUAUUCUCCACAGCAGAGAUUCUGAAAGUCCCACUGGAUCUUGUCCGCCUUUGGCUGCACGAAGCCGAACGAGUGUAUGGUGACAAAAUGGUUGACAAAAAAGACCAAGAGACACUGCACAGAGUCACGGUGGCUUCCACCAAGAAAUUCUUUGAUGAUCUUGGUGAAGAACUCUUAUUUGCCAAACCAAACAUCUUCUGCCACUUUGCUCAAGGGAUUGGUGACCCCAAAUACUUCUCUGUGACUGACAUGGCUCAACUGAACAAGCUCCUGAUGGAUGUCCUGGACAGUUACAAUGAAGUCAACGCGGUCAUGAAUUUGGUGCUGUUUGAGGACGCCGUGUCUCACAUCUGCAGGAUUAACCGCAUCCUAGAGUCUCCUCGCGGGAAUGCCCUGCUGGUGGGUGUGGGUGGCAGCGGGAAGCAGAGCCUCUCUCGCCUGGCCGCCUAUAUCAGCGCGCUGGACGUGUUCCAGAUCACCCUCAAGAAGGGAUACGGGAUCCCGGACCUCAAGAUCGACCUGGCCGCUCAGUACAUAAAGGCAGCAGUGAAGAGUGUGCCCACGGUGUUCCUGAUGACAGACUCCCAGGUGGCCGAGGAGCAGUUCCUGGUGCUCAUCAAUGACCUGCUGGCCUCUGGGGAGAUCCCCGGGCUGUUCACCGAGGAUGAUGUGGAGAACAUCAUCUCCUCCAUGAGGUCACAGGUGAAGUCCCUCGGCAUGACCGACACUCGCGAGGCGUGCUGGAAAUUCUUCAUCGGGAAAGUGCGCAAGCAACUCAAGGUGAUUCUGUGUUUCUCCCCCGUGGGCUCUGUCCUGCGUGUACGAGCCAGGAAAUUCCCUGCUGUGGUCAACUGCACGGCCAUCAACUGGUUCCACGAGUGGCCAGAAGAUGCCUUGGUGUCCGUCAGCGCUCGCUUCCUGCAGGAAACCGAGGGCAUCCAGCCAGAAGUGAAGACCUCCAUCAGCCUCUUCAUGUCCUAUGUGCACACCACUGUCAACGAGAUGUCCAAGAUGUACCUGGCCACUGAGAGGCGCUACAAUUACACCACCCCUAAGACCUUCUUGGAGCAGAUCAAACUCUACCAGAACCUGCUGGCCAAGAAAAGAAUGGAGCUGGUUGCCAAAAUCGAGAGGCUGGAGAACGGGCUGAUGAAGCUGCAGAGCACAGCUUCCCAGGUGGAUGAUUUAAAGGCCACGCUGGCAAUUCAGGAGGCUGAGCUCAAGCAGAAGAAUGAAAACGCAGAUAAGCUGAUCCAGGUGGUCGGUGUGGAGACAGAGAAAGUCAGCAAAGAGAAAGCUGUUGCAGAUGAGGAAGAGAUCAAGGUGGAGGUCAUUAACAAGAAUGUCACUGAGAAACAAAAGGCUUGUGAAACGGACCUGGCCAAGGCAGAGCCAGCCCUACUGGCUGCACAGGAGGCUCUGGACACUCUGAAUAAGAACAACCUGACAGAGCUGAAGUCCUUUGGGUCACCUCCAGACGCCGUGGUCAAUGUCACAGCUGCUGUCAUGAUCCUGACGGCCCCCGGGGGCAAGAUCCCCAAGGACAAGAGCUGGAAGGCUGCGAAGAUCAUGAUGGGCAAGGUGGAUGCGUUUCUGGACUCCCUGAAGAAGUUUGACAAGGAGCACAUCCCCGAGGCCUGCCUGAAAGCCUUCAAGUGACCCUGAGUUCA